AAAAAUUUAUCGGCUAAUUGAAAUAUUUUUUGUGCUAUAUUUUAAUCAACCAACAAUAUCUGCAUUAUGUCAUUAUUGGCUAUAACAUUGGCAUUAUUAUUGUUUACCGUUUCGGCAUUAGAAGUUAAAGAUGAAACAACUGUUCCCGAAGUGUCCAAAUCCGCAAUCACUGCCGAAAAUCCUGCAUUCAAUGGCCACCGAUUUACUUUAAAUGCUAAUACUAACAGCAGAAUAGCUGGCCUUAAGAAACUUCAAGAGUUAAUGCGGAAAAAUUUAAGUCUUAAAAGAGUUGAUAACAUUAAACCUAAAGAUUUAGUUAACGKUUCGAAUACUAAGGAAGAGAUAGUUCCACAAAAGAGAACAUUUGGUGGACAGGGAUGUGACUAUGGAUAUGAUGUCGCUUAUGUUGAUUAUAGUUAUGAUCCAUGCUAUUGA